AUGCCAUCCCUAACAGCGACGGAAACGCUGUCUCAAGGGCCAAUUGUCAAGCGCCAGAAGCUCACCGUGAGCUCUGCAAGCACACCUAAGCGGGGAGCUCAGAAACCUAGGAUUUUUGCUCCGUUCAGAACGGUAGGACUCGUUUCGCCCACGGAUGUUCCCUUUACCACCGUACCGCUCGGGAAGACUACUUUCCAAAUUACUACAUCAGUCGGACGCAGUCUUCAAACAUACGAUCUGAAGAAAGGCCUGCAUUUAGUAUUCCUUACCCGACCACAGACCCCGGAGAUUAUCACGGCCACAACCGCUUGGAACAAUCGAGUACUGGCAGCAUGGGGCGGAGAGGGAUCUAAAUCAUCAAGAGGAAUAUGGAUUUUCCAGCGGGGGAAGAAGGUCGAUGAGCUGGAGCUGCCGAAAGGGACCAAGGAGAAUGUCAAGCAGUUAUUGGCAUUUGGCUCAUGGAUCGUGGGGUGCUGUACCUCGAAGAUUGAAGUGUGGAAGUCAACGACCUUGGAGCACUACACAACACUCCAGGGCGCAUCACCGAGCUUAAUUUCCGGAGGAGUAUGCAACAUGCCCACCUAUCUCAACAAAAUCUUCGCAGGCAGAAAGGAUGGCACUGUCGAAAUAUGGAAUUUGAGCACCGGCAAGCAGCUGUACACUAUCCUACCCGAAACUUCCAAGUAUGGAGCGGUGACUGCUCUGGAGCCGACACCGACCAUUUCUCUUCUUGCCAUUGCGUACGCCUCCGGACCCGUCGUCGUCCACGAUAUUCGUAUGGACAAACAGCUCCUUCGUCUGAACACAGGUGCCUCCGUCAAGUCUCCAAUCACGUCAAUAUCCUUUCGAAGCGAUGGUCUGGGCGCCGGAGAAGAUGGUCGUGAAGACGGAGUGAUGGCCACAGCAAGUAAUGAGAGUGGCGAUGUGACUUUUUGGGAUCUUAACAAAAAGGGUCGCAAAAUGGGUAUCCUUCGCGGAGCGCAUAAUCCCCCAUCGCUAGCCAACGGAGGGAUUGGUGGUGGGAUAAGCAAGAUAGAAUUCUUGGCCGGACAGUCAGUAAUUGUCACGAGCGGGCUAGACAACUCAUUGAAGAGCUGGAUAUUCGACGAAAUUCCUUUCUCAUCUGUCCCUCGGAUUUUGCAUUCUCGCAGUGGCCAUGCGGCGCCAAUCUCACAGUUACAGUUUUUGCCUUCCGAUGCGGAUGGCACAGAUGCUGGCGGGAAGUGGCUGCUCAGCGCUAGCAGAGAUCGGAGUCUCUGGGGAUGGAGUCUACGGCGAGACGGACAGAGUACGGAAUUGAGCCAAGGAAACAUCAAGUCGAAAGCAAAAAAGAUGGGCAUACUAGGAAGUGGCCUACAAAGCCUAGACCCACGCACCACUUUGGAAGAUCUCAAAGCUCCACGGAUAACAUGUAUGGCCUGCUCUCUUAAUCGAGAUGGUGGCAUGGGUGCUGUUCCGGACAGCGGUAAGAUUUGGGACAAUGCAGGCAAGAAUAGAAAAGGCACCAAGGGACCCGAAGCCGGGAAUACUGGCUGGGAGAGCGUAGUAACUGGUCAUGAGGGCGACAAGACCGCGAGGACAUGGUUUUGGGGUCGAAAACGUGCUGGGCGAUGGGCUUUCGAGACUGGAGAUGGCGCGGAGGUUACCAGUGUUACGAUCUCGCCAUGCGGCACAUUUUCGCUUAUUGGGUCAGCGGCUGGCGGGAUUGAUAUGUUCAAUCUUCAGUCUGGCAUUCACAGACAAAGAUUCCCUGCGCGAUUGACUCCUAUCCAAGCUAAACGGCUUAGGAUGGAACAGUUAGAAGCCGAGGAAGGCCUGUUUGCUAUGGAAUCUGGCCCGAAGAAAUUCGCCAGAGGACAAGGCAAGCACACGAAAGCUGUUACUGGCAUCAUCGUCGACAGUCUGAACCGAACCGUCAUUAGCUGUGGCGCCGACGGUAAAGUUAAAUUCUGGGACUUCAAGUCCGGCCUUCUCCUACAUGAGAUCGACUGGUAUCCAAUGACUAGCAUCAUCAGCAUGCGCUACCAUAGACCAAACGACCUCAUUGCGCUAAGCUGCGACGACGGCUCCAUCCGCGUGGUCGACAUAGAGACCAGAAAACUAGUCCGAGAGCUCUGGACAUCCACCACUCACACACAAGUACGACCAGUCGAUUUCACAUUCUCCAACGAUGGCCGUUGGGUCAUUUCUGCCUCUACUGAUUCCACCAUUCGCGUAUGGGACCUUCCAACGGGUCAUAUGAUCGAAGCGAUGAAACUUCGUAGCCCAUGUACUGCCCUUGCCUUCUCGAACACUGGCGAGUAUCUUGCGACAACCCAAGAGGAUAGCGUCGGUGUUCAUAUCUGGACAAAUCGGACGCUCUUUACCCACGUACCUACCCGACAUAUCUCAGAGAACGAGAUUGCAUUCAUCGAUGCUCCCACCGCAUCGGGCGAAGGUGGCGAAGGCAUGCUUGAAGCUGCUGUUGAUGAAGAGGAGAUAACAGAAGAAGUCGGCGAUGAUGAGGCGGUCCUUCCGUCUAUUGAUCAGCUUAGUGAUCGUAUCACGACGCUCAGUCUAGUCCCUAAAUCACGUUGGCAGAACCUUCUUCAUCUGGACGUUAUUCGCGCUCGCAACAAACCGAAAGAAGCCCCCAAAGCACCGGAAAAGGCUCCCUUUUUCCUUCCCGCUCUUAACCAAGACCCUCAUAUCACCGGGAUAGAUUCGUCGACUGCGCUUGUAUCAGCAUCCGCGGAGAAUGCAUCUCGUAUCAUGCCGGCGAAACUAUCGCGUGGCGACUCCUCGACAAACGACUUCACUUCUCUCCUCCGUAACGCUGCUACUACAGGCGUUUCAAUUCCUCUCAUCGUCCACCUCUCUGCUCUUUCUCCGUCGGCUGCUGAUGUCGCGAUUCGCACACUCGAUGCCACACCACCUUAUCCCGAACUUCUCACAUUCAUGCAAGCGCUGACAUCUCGCCUUCGCGAGCGGCGGGAUUACGAGCUCGUGCAAGCUUGGAUGGCUGUGUUCCUGCGAUUACAUGGAGACACCGUAGUACGAGACGCGGAAUUAGUGGCGGCAGUGCGAGAGUGGCAGGCAGAGGCUAAGCGAGAAAGAGAGAGGCUGGGGAGCCUUAUAGGUUUCGCGGUAGGUGUUGUAGGAUGGGCGAGGAGUGCAAGGUCAUGAUGAAGCUGGCUACAAAAGAUGAUUUAUGACUGUUGGAGAUGGAGAUAGGGCGUAGGAGAUAGGGCGUAAUAGAUAGCGUUGGAUAUUGGAUGCCUCGAAAUGCUGCUGAAAGGCUGGAUGAUCAACACGCGAGGAUUGUGAUAGCCUCUGAGCAGUGAAGAGGAUAAGAUUGACUGCCGAUGGUAUUCCAGAUGAGCCUUCCUACACAUGUCG